UUUCUUAACCGAGGAUGCGCCCUGACCCGCGAGAGAGCUCGAGCCCAGGCGCCGGGCGCGCGGACGGGGUGGGGAGAGCCGGGCCCGGCUCCCGGCAGCGCGGGCGAGGGUGCGGGCGGCCGUGUGGCUGCGAGGCUCGUGUUUUCCAUACACCCUGGAGUCCCCUCAGGCCAGCCCGGCGGGCGCGCACCUGCCAGCCGACCCUGACCUCGCAGGCCAAGCGGCCCCCGAGUCUGAGAAGAUGGCCCAGUCCAAGACCGACUGCCGCUCACCUGUCGGUCUCGACUGCUGUAACUGCUGUCUGGACCUGGCCCACAGGAGCGGGCUCCAGAGCGACAGCAGCGGAGAGAACAACAACCCGGGCAGCCCUACCGUGAACAACUUUCGGCAGCUUCAGGAGAAGCUGAUCUUCGAGAACCUCAACACCGACAAGCUCAACAGCAUAAUGCGGCAGGAUUCGCUAGAGCCCGUGCUGCGGGACCCCUGCUACCUGAUCAACGAGGGCAUCUGCAACCGCAACAUCGACCAGACCAUGCUGUCCAUCCUGCUCUUCUUCCACAGUGCCUCUGGAGCCAGCGUGGUGGCCAUAGACAACAAGAUUGAGCAGGCCAUGGAUCUGGUGAAGAAUCAUCUGAUGUAUGCAGUCAGAGAGGAGGUGGAGAUCCUGAAGGAGCAGAUCCGGGAGCUGGUGGAGAAGAACUCCCAGCUGGAGCGUGAGAACACCCUUCUGAAGACCCUGGCAAGCCCAGAGCAGCUGGAGAAGUUCCAGUCCCGCCUGAGCCCCGAAGAGCCAGUUCCAGAAACCCCACACGCACCUGAGGCCCCCGGUGGUUCUGCGGUGUAAGUGGCUCUGUCCUCAGGGUGGGCAGAGCCACUAAACUUGUUCUACCUAGUUCUUUCCAGUUUGUUUUUGGUUCCCCAAGCGUCAUCUCACGUGGAGAACUUUACACCUAGCAUAGCUGGUGCCAAGAGAUGUCCUAAGGACAUGGCCACUUGGGUCCACUCCAGUGACAGACCCCUGACAAAGAGCAGGUCUCUGGAGGCUGAGUUGCGUGGGGCCACAUCACCCCCAGCCAGUGAGCCUCUAAUGCCACCGUGUCCGGGAGGCUCCCAGGGUCUGGGCAACUUGGCCGCAACUGGCAAAGGAGAAAGGUAGUGUGAGAUGUGAUGCCAGUUUACUCCAGAAAGCAUAAGGGGUCUGUUUUUCAUUUCCAUGGCCAUCUUCAGCAGCUUCACCUGACAACUGUUCCUAUGAAGAAGCCACUCAUGUUUUGAGCAGAGGCAACCUCUCUCUUCUCCCCUGUCUCACCAAGGCAGGGCCACAGAUAGGAGAGAUUGAGCCAAGUCAGUCUUCUGUUGGUUCAUAUGGUCUAAUGCAUGGCUUUGCGCACAGCCCAGUGUGGGAUUACAGCUUUGGGAUGACCGCUUAACAAAGUUCUGUUUGGUUAGUAUUGGCAUAGUUUUUCUAUAUAGCCAUACAUGCGUAUAUAUACCCAUAGGGCUAGAUCUAUAUCUUAGUGUAGCAAUGUAUACACACACACACGCACACACACACACACACACACACACACACACACACACACACCUAUGUGUUGAAGGGCCUAACCGGCUUUGGGAGUAUCAACUGGUCCCUUAUCUCUUAAGGCUAAUUCUUUGACUGUGUUCAUUUACCAAGUUGAUCCAGUGUGUCCUUUAGGUUAAGUAAGACUAAAGAGAAAAGGCAGGGAGGAGGGCCAAGCCUCUGAAUGUGGCCACAGAUGCCUUGUUGCUGCAGCCCUUGCCCCAUGUGUGCCCCGGCCCAAAGAUGUGUGAGGUCCUCAUUCAGAUGCCAAACCCACCAUUCACUGGUGCUGACUACAUAGAAUGGGGUUCAGAGAAGAGCAGCUGUGACUUCACAUUGUCAAUGAGAAACUUUUGUUUUGGUGUUUGUGGAAAACUUGCAAGUGAACUGCAUGAUUGGCUUGCUGGUGUCCCCUUGUGGACAAGGGAUGGACGAGGGGAUGGCUUUGACCCGACGGUGCCUGGGUGAUGUACUCAGGGAGCUUGUGUCUAGGGGGUUCUGUGGCAGUGAACAUUUUCCAUUUUCUGAUGUAUGUCUCCAGGAUUUGGAUUUUGAUUUUUCAAAUGUAGCUUGACAUUUCAAUAAACUUUGCUCUUCUUUUUUUCUAAAAAUAAA